AUGGCCCAGGAAGGCCUCCUGGAAGAACUGAGGGCAGAUUUCACCUGCCCUGUGUGCCUGGACUUGCUGACAGACCCAGUGACUCUGGACUGUGGGCACCACUGCUGUGCCUCCUGCCUCCAGCAGUGCUGGCAGGACCUGCUGGACAUCCUGCCCUGUCCCGUCUGCCAGCACCACUGUGCCCACAGGGAGCUGCAGAAGAACAGCCAGCUGAGUGCCCUGGCUGACAUGGUGAAGCAGCUGCCCAGCUCAGGGAGCAAGAGGAAGCAGCAGCAGGAGCAGCCCCUGUGUGAGCAGCACCAGCAGGUGCUCAGCCUGUUCUGUGAGCAGGACCUGCAGCUGGUGUGUGUCCAGUGCAGAGUGUCCUGUGAGCAGCAGGGUCACCAUGUUACCCCCACUGAGGAGGCUGCUGCUCAGCACAGGAAGAAACUCAGAUCCCAUGUGCAGGCCCUGAAGAAGCAACUGGAAGAUGCUCACAAGGGGUUACAUAUGCAAGGCAAAGAAAAACGUGAAUUCAGAAAGAACGUGAUAAUUCAAAAAUUUUUAAUAUUAUUUCAAUGCAAACAUUACAAGUCUUUCUUGAGACACCGUCAGUAUGAGUACAAUACUUGGCUACUAGAAGAAAUGAAGACUGUUUCCCAAAAGAUGACUGAGAGCAGAGACCAGCUGUCAGCCUUUGGCUCCUCAGUGAAGACUCUGCUGAGGGAUCUCACAGACAUGUCUGAGCAGAGAGACCUGCAGCUCCUGCUGAGGGCCAGAAGACUCCAGCACCUGCUGAGCAGCUGUGAAGAGUUGGGGGUCCCAGAAGGCUUUUGCCACACAUUCCAGGAUCAGCUCCCCAGAGCCCCUUUACAUUAUCUUGAUUUUCACAUCGCCAGCAAGUUUAAGGUAGAUUUGACACUAGACCCUGAGACUGCUCAGAAAGAUCUCAUCAUCAGUGAAGAUAGGAAGAAGGUUCUGUUUGAGGGUAAAUUAAUGGUCUCCACCCCUGCCCCCAGCCCUAAGGCUUUUACUUCUCACACAGCUGUCCUGAGCUCUGAGGGCUUUGAAGCUGGCAGGCAUUUUUGGGUGGUACAAAUCACAGGGAAAGGUGUGUGUUUCCUGGGUGUCUGCAAAGAGUCUUUCCCCAGGCAGGUGCUGAUGCCACAUUCCCCAAGCAAUGGCUGCUGGAAAAUGCAACUGUCCAUUGGGACUCACCACAAGUCUCACAAAAGGAAAGUGACCAUUGGCGUUUUCCUGGACUAUGAACUAGGAGAGGUUUGGUUUUACAAUAUGUGCAAGAGGUCACCCAUCUGCACACUUACAGACACCUUUACAGAGAAACUCUUCCCCUUUUUUGCGGUACUACCUUCUUCCUCAUCAGUGGUCAUGACUCUAAAAUACAAAGCCCUCUGA